AUGUCUUUUGCCGAACUGUACGUGCUUGCCUCCAAAGUGAGGUCGAAGCUUACGCGAGAGGCCUCCAACCCUAAAACUAGUCUCCGCCUGUUGGUGCUUCAGGCCAACAUGUUGGACAACUUGAUGGAUCACAUUGCGGUCGAGACAGAGAAGAAGAAGAAGGCCACAGCAGCAGCAGCUACUAGCCGUGCCCCACGCGUCUCAUUUUCUUUGCCUGAGAAGCCCAAGGUGGCGCCUGUGGCUGGCCCCUCGAUCACCGAGUACGAGAUCGACUACGACUCUGCGUCUGACUCAGACGAGGAUGACUACUAUGACGACUUUGAGCUGGCUGCCGCCGGCAACAACUCUAAUGCCGUGUACUACUCGGGCUCUGACGAGGAUGAGAGCGAGUCCGACUCGGAUGACUACUACUACUACCUGUCUGACGAAGAAGAGGAAGACGCGGAAGAAGAGUACCGCCUCACGCCUUCCCUGUCGUACAGGCAGCUUUCCGAUUUGCGCAGCUUUGAAAUGCCUCUUCACAGAACGCUAUCGGUCAUUGAAGAGGAAGCUGAGGAGGAUAUGCCUGAGUUGGCGAGAUCGACGCUGGUGUCUGACCUGGACUCUGAGAUUGAAGACACCACCUCUGCCAACUCGAAUGCUAACGCUAACGUCACCGUUGCUACCAGUGACGAGCACUUGGUGCACGAGGAGCCCCUUCCAUCGUUGAAGACAGGACCCGUGGUGGAUCUACCUGCGUCCACGAUGGUGACUCACCACCCUCACUCUCCAAGCCAUGUGAGACACGACGCCGUGUAUCUGAUAGAGCACGUCUUCUAG